UUAUAUGCGUGUGUGUGUUAGUGUGCGUCUGUCUCAGUGUGUCUCAGUGUCAUAAGCUGGAGUUUCACUGGAAGGCUGGCGGCUGCUCCUGCGAGCAGUUCUGGGCGUUGAUGGAGCUGUAAUUCCGCGUUGUGAUCGUGGGACUCGGUGUUCGACAGAAAGCCGAGCCGGUUUACUUUUACAUGUACCUGUACCUUUACCUGUACCUCGCUUCUGCAAGCCUCAGACAUGGCGUUUAUAACGUGUCGAGUUCAGUAUCUUGAGGACACGGAUCCGUUCGUGUGUACGAAUUUCCCUGAGCCUCGGAGACCUCCUCAGUACGACUUCAACGAACUCGUGCCGCUAAACUUGCAAAUCGCCGGCGUUCACAAACAUCUCAACGCUCCUCUGAAGUUAGAAGAGUGUGCACUGCAGGUGGCUUCUAAUGGAAAUUACCUGGAUCUGGAAUCCUCACUGGCAGAGCAGAAGGAUGAACUGGAGCAGUUCUACGAUGACUUGGCCAUUGGCAAAAAGCCCAUUCUGAUCCUCCGAACCCAGCUGUCAGUGCGUGUCCACUCUAUCCUGGAGAAGCUGUAUAACUCCCAGGGGCCUGAACUGCGACGGUCUCUUUUUUCAUUAAAGCAACUGUUUCAGGAUGAUAAGGACCUGGUACCUGAGUUUGUGAAUUCUGAUGGCUUGACCUGCUUUAUAAAAGUGGGCGUAGAAGCAGACCACAAUUACCAGAAUUACAUUCUUCGAGCUUUGAGUCAAAUCAUGUUGUUCGUGGACGGGAUGAAUGGAGUUAUAAACCAUAAUGAGACAGUGCAGUGGCUGUACACCCUUUGUGGCAGCCUGUCUCGGCUGGUAGUGAAGACAGCUCUGAAGCUCCUCAUAGUGUUUGUAGAAUACACAGAAACUAACAGCCCGAUACUUAUGCAAGCUGUCAGUACAGUGGAUAGAAAAAGAGGUGUGAAAUCUUGGUCAUACUUGGUGUCUAUUUUGGAGGAGAAGAAUGGCUCUGACACAGAGCUCCUGGUCUUCACCAUGUCCCUUAUUAACAAGACUUUAGCAGCUCUGCCUGACCAGGAUUCAUUCUACGACUUGACAGACAGCCUGGAGCAACAGGGUAUGGAGCACAUCAUGGAGAAACACAUGAACAGCAGAGUCAUUGACCCCGACCUCAAACAGCAGUUUACUAUAUACGAGAAUGCUUUAAAGCAUGAGGAUGGAGAAAUUGAUGAGUCCAGUCCUCUCAAUCGUAAGGAGCGGAGAAAAGCAACUAACAGCGAGCAGGAGGGCAGGAGGAGCCGACGGUCCUCAGCACACAAUAUACUGGAUGGUCCGCUUCCUUCCACUGUGCUUGCUUCUGCGUCUUCCUCUAUUAGUCCCACUACAGAUCCUAGUUGUAUCACCUCUCCUGAACCAUCCGGCAGUCCAUCCUCCCCUUUCCUCAUUUCUCCCAUUGGCCGUCAUCCAGUAAGAUCCUCCUCCAGUGAAUCGGAAUCCAGUGUACACAGCUCAACCCCAGUAGUGCCCUCUGUCGUAGUUAAUGAAACUCCAGUCAGUGAUGCCAGGGGGCGCACUUUCAUUGGUCAGUACCUGGCUCAUAUGGGGAUUUCUAGGCGGAGGUUAAAAAAGGCGGGGUCUAUAACACAGGAGCCCUCCACUCCCCUGAAGAGCCUCAGCAUGACUCCGGGAGACUCUCCUCCUCAGGACAACCAGACAACACAAAAAGAGCAGAGCCACAGUGAGGGAACAGGACGGCUUAACCUACAAGAGGCAGACUCUGUUUGUGUUGAGGAUAUUGUGAAUAAGGACCGGCCCAUACUCAGGAAGUAUGCAGACCAAUUUUUACGCCGUCUGGAGGCUGGGGAAUGGCAGAAGAGGAAUUCAAAAGAUGUGGCGUCUCUAAUCGACACCGCUCCUCCUGACCCAGACUCUCAUUUUGCAGACGAAGUGCAUCCAACCUCAGAAGAUCAGAAGAAAGUUCAGGAGCCCCAGUCUCCAGGGGGACACUCCAGCUAUACCAGCAUCUCCCUGAGCACCCUGGAGCAGCCGGAAGAACUACAAACAGUCCGUCAUAAUGAACCAGCAGAGAACAGUGUACAUCAACCCAGCACCCUUUCCAAUGACAGGAAAUUCAUGCUGGACAUGCUCUACUCAAAGUCUUCCACCUCAAGCAGCUCUGGGCUACUGAAGAGCCCCAGUGUGGAGGACAGCAGUUUAGAAGAUCUUAAUAUCUCCAGCUUGGCCGGUCGUCUCUCCAGUCUGCGAUCUCGUUCCUCCCAGCCCAGUGAGGAUACCUCCAGGCGAGCAGAGCUGGAGGGGCUUGAAGGCAGUGCAAAUGCUGCUCGCACAAGGCUAGCAGAGGAGCAGACAAAACGGUUGCGCCCACAGUAUAGUAUCGAUGCAGAAACCCAUUCUCGGACUCUUGAGAAGACUAUGAUGACGCCAUUGGCCAGGAAUAGCAAGGAUGCAUGGGAACAUUUGCAACCCAGCUCCAAAGAAUUGCGGAUUAAAGAUCUAGACUUUUCUGACCUGUUGGAAGAGGAGGAUAUUGACGUCUUGGACGUGGAUGCUUUCGACACAGGCAUGAUUAAUGGUGUGCCUCCUCCCCCUCCAGGAUUUGGAUCUCUUCCUCCUCCACCUCCUCCACCUCCACCUCCAGGUAUUGGAGGUUCAGCUCCUCCUCCUCCUCCACCUCCUCCACCUCCUCCAGGUCUUGGAGUUCUGAGUGCACCCCCUCCUCCUCCUCCUCCUCCUGGAAUGCGUAUUGCUCAGAAUACAGACCCAGGAUUUGUCAAGAAAUGUAAGACGGUCAAGCUGUUCUGGAAGGAGCUUAAACAGUCAGAUAGCCCAAGGAAGUGCAAGUUUGGUCGAGGAACCGUCUGGGCAUCACUGGAUAAGGUCACAGUAGAUACCAACAAGCUGGAACAUUUGUUUGAGUCAAAGACAAAGGAACUUUCUGUGGCAAAGAAGGGUCCAGAGGUAAAGAAGCCUGAAAUACUUGUUCUCGAUUCAAAGAGAAGCAACGCCAUUAACAUCGGCAUGACCGUGUUACCUGCGGUACACGUCAUUAAAUCUGCUAUACUCAGCUUUGAUGAAUUUGCCAUCAACAAAGAGGGUAUUGAGAAAAUCCUGACAAUGAUACCUACAGAAGAAGAGAAACAGAGGAUCCAGGAGGCUCAGUUGGCCAAUCCUGAUGUGCCUCUUGGUACAGCAGAGCAGUUUUUGCUCACUCUGUCCUCCAUCAGUGGCCUCACAGCACGCCUGCAACUCUGGGCUUUUAAACUCAACUACGAGAGCUUGGAGAAGGAGAUAGCUGAGCCCCUUUUCGACUUGAAGCAUGGUAUGGAGCAACUCGCCAAGAACCAGACCUUCAAGCGUAUCCUAGCAACACUGUUGGCUAUCGGCAAUUUUCUCAACAGCUCCAGCGUGAAGGGAUUUGAGCUAAGCUACUUAGAGAAAGUGACUGAAGUGAAAGACACUGUGCAUCGACAGUCUCUGCUGCAUCACUGCUGUAACUUUGUUGUUGAGAAAUUCUCAGAUACAACAGACGUCUAUUCGGAAAUCUCUGCAAUCACCCGAUCUGCUAAAGUGGAUUUUGAGCAACUUUCUGACAACCUGGUUCAGCUGGAGAGGAAGUGUAAGACAUCCUGGGACAACCUAAAGGUCAUGGCCAAGCAUGAAACCAAACCCCAGCUGAAGAGCAAAAUGACCGAGUUCCUGAAAGACUGCACAGAAAGAAUCAUCAUUCUUAAAGUGGUGCACAGACGCAUCAUCAACAGAUUUCACUCGUUUCUUUUGUACCUGGGGCAGCCUUCCUACUCAGUCCGAGACAUUAAGAUUACUCAGUUCUGUAAGAUCAUUAGCGAGUUCGCUCUGGAGUACCGCACCACAAGAGAGAGGGUCCUCACCCUCAAACGCAAGCGUGCAGCCCACCGGGAGCGCACCAAGACCCGCGGCAAGCUCAUCACUGAGACGGAGAAAUUCUCUGGAGCCGUCCCAUCCAUUACCCAAGAGAGUCCUUCCCCGGUUUCUAUAGCAACAGAAGCCCAGCCGGCCCAAGAGAAACACGAGAACAUGAAGAACCUUCUAAUCGCAGAUGACGACCGUGGCAAACUACGCAGAACACGUGCUGUACGAAAACUGUUGACUGCUGACUCUGAUAUUCCUACUUCAUCAAAUCAAGACUAUGAAUCUAAUGAUGAAGAUGAGCCCGUAGAGAGCUUUGAAGCACAGGAAUUAAGUGAUGAAGGUUUUGGAGGUGUUGUUCCAUCAGCAAUGUCUACUACAGCCAAAGAGGACAGCGCAAGUUCACAGGACGAUGCAACAGAUGAGAUCAUGGAUCGUCUGGUGAAGUCUGUCACCCAGAAUCAAACAGAGAGACAGGCUAGUCCUAAAACGCGGAAACGAUCACGGCUAAACAGGAAAUCAAUGCGGAGGACGUUGAAGGGUGGCCUGAGUUUGGAGGUAGUGCAGGCACUGAGUCUCAGAUGAGAGAACCCGAAAUAUUGAAGGACUACUCAAGUAUUGGCUGGUGAGAGAUCCAAGUUUUGAGAACUGAGAACCGGAGUGUGUGAGGACAUGCGUUUACCAGACAACUGCUGCGGAUGCACUUCAUCCGAAGAGACUUUGAAGACCCCUUACAGAAAAGCACAAACUAAUCAUGCUGUCCACUUCACCUAAUGGUUUUUAAGGGGGGGUUUUGGUACAUAAAGUAUUAAACUACCAGACAUGUAUAUUAAUAUAAUUUAUAUUUAACCCAAUAGUGAUGCACAUUUUAUUAGAAUUUUUGUACAGGUUCAAGACUUUUUUUUCUAUAGUAUAUGUAGCACGUUCAGAGAAAAGGAAACUCUGGUGGUCAAAUGUAUAGAAGGAUAUAUGGAUAGAAGGGAAUUAUUUUAAAGUUGCCGUUGUACACUGAAAUACGUUCUUGCGUUACGAUUUCCUUUAUGAAAUUAGGAUAUUUGUUGGCUGUUCUGCCCAGUUAAGUAAGAACCAUGUAUUUGUGUAAGUUCUUUACAACUAGGCUUCACUCAAAAUAUCUUUUAAAACAGCAGAUAAUAAGUAGGUCGUCUUUUUUUUUUUUUUUAUUUCUUUAUUUUAUUCAUCUUAACACUUGAUAGGUUUAUGGAUGCUACAGUGCUUUGCAUUUUGCAUCAAUCCGCAAAAAUUCACAUUGCACAUGUUGAGUGUCACUAUUGCACCAAAACACAUUUAUAUCCACUGUGACACCUGUUCAGUUCACUAGUUAUUUGUAAUUCAGAAGAAAGCUGUUUUUCUGGACACUGCUUCUUUUUUGCACAGGAGGUUGUCUGAGGAGUAUUCAGCUCUAGUAGUUCAUUGUUUCGAAGUGUAAAUGCAUGCGUUUGCUUCAUCCUGAAUGUAUUACUGUAGGUGUGUGCCACUGUUAAGAGCUCCAGUCCUUACUCUUAACCACUUUAAGUACAUGCAUGCAAACUCCUUACUGAAAGCAUUUUUAUGUGUGUAUAUGGAUGACCCUGAAAAAUGACUCUGAAUGCUGAAAAUAAAGUAUCUUAAGAAA